AUGAAGGCACUGGCGUCGACCUUUGCGGACGACAACGCCCGGCACGUGACGGAUCUUUGGCUCAACGUCGCCAACACGCCGACCGCCAGCUUCAUUCUUCAAAGCCUACUUCGCGUGUGUGAUGCAGGCACGGAGGUCGACGUUGCUGUCCGUCAACGCCUGGAGUCCAUUCACGACGAGGAUGGAAUUUCAUUGCUGCGGCAUCUUCUUAUGGAUCCGAUGGGUUGUCACAUCUUUCAGGCGUACAUUAAAGUCCCCGCAUCAUUGGAAGUCUUAGAGGCGGGUGAUCUUAUUUCCAACCGGGGGGCCAUGGCUGCCGUGGCUCUCAGAGCCACAGGCGGGCGAAGGCUUCAAAAAAUUCUAUGCGAAACUGUAGAUAAUGCGACAGACCAGGAUGAACGUGCGGCAGCCCUCAGGGUGCAGGAGAAAACAUGCUGGAAUAAAGCACUCGAAGUUGUGAUGGAGGUGCUGGACGAUAUUAUUGAUCCUGCAACGGAGCACAUGACGCCAGUGCUUUACGUUCUGCAGGACCUCGUGCUCUUUGCCCCAACAGCGGUGCAGUUGGAGUCCGUCUGGGAGCGAUUGCUGCACCCACGGCUGCGGAUGUUUGUCUCGUCACCAGCGCUGCUGCAGGUUCUUGUGACGUUUGCGCGGAAGUGUGCCUUUGCAGCUCCCUCCAAUUUAAGGGAUGGUGGCGACGCUGGCAACACGUACAACGGCGGCGUCUUGGCUGGGGCGGCGGAGGACGGUAGCGACGCACUGCCAAAGGACAUUGACCAGCUGCUGCGCACCGAUUUGGCGCAGGGGGUGCGAUACUUUGCGGUGCCCACCAGCUUUCAGAAGACGGUCACCAACACACUGUGCUUUGCAAUCAAGCAGGAGUGCGCGAAGGGCGCAGCACAAUUCCUUCUCGUUGACGCUGCAGCGCAUGAAAAAGGCAUGGAACUAGCCCGUUACAUCCUGCACUUUCACCCAUCCGCAUCGGCUAUGUUUAUCCACGCGAUAAACAAAAUUUCUCUCAGGGACAUGGAGGGCCUUAUUCGACACGUGAAGGGCAGCCUUAUCAUGCAACAGUAUCUGCGCACCGCGGCCACUGCCCAGGCAAUGCAGCAUGCACAAGGGAGUAAAAGGGAGGAGCACAAGGCGGACAAGACGGUGCCGAUGCGUUUUCUGCGUCGUGUUGCGUCGCUGCUGCCGGAGCUGGUGGGGGACACUUGUGCGGGCUACGUGGUGGAGGUGCUGUACGAGGUGGGCUCGAUGGAGGUGAAAGAGGCACUUGUGAAGCUAUUGGUGCCCAUUUACUCCAGCCUGCGACGCGGCCACGGAAACACUUCGGAGGCAAAGACCAAUGAAGGUGUGGAAGAUGCGGAUGGAGCAACCGAGACGCCAAAUCGUAUGCAGUUGCGGGAGUUUAUUGCACGGAAAGUUAUGACGAAGUGCUGUGUGGAGCUGUACAUGCACAGACCAGAUGACUGGGCCAAACUCGCCCGCCGUCAGUGUCAAGUACUGCGACUGUUGCAGCGCAUGUCCGUUGUCUCAUCUUAG